UUAAUUAAAACAAUGAAACGUAGCUAAAAAAUGUUAAUUUAUCGUUGUAAAUAUUUGUAAAAACUAGAGAUAAAUUGUGGUAGUUACAUGGAUUUUUUUUGUGACAAAGACUUAUACGAACUAAUGUUAAUUUCAAUUGAUUGUGGACUAUAAACAUUGUGACAAAAGUCGGCGAUAAUAAAUUAGAUCGACCACGGGCAGAUCAAAUAUGGUGUCUAUCGCAGUAAAGAGUGGCUUACUGAUGGGCUUCGGCGCCGCGUUCGUGGUGGUGGGGGCCGUCAUGGUGGUCUACUGGCCCACGAUAUUUUUCACGCAGUUGCAAAAGAUGAUGAUGCUGACAGAGACGUCGACUUCGUUCUCGAUAUGGCGCGAGGUGCCAAUACCGAUGUACCUGGAGUGCUAUAUGUUCAACAUCACGAAUGUGGACGAAAUCCUAGCCGGCAAGAACGUCACACUCAAAGUGGAGCAGCUAGGACCCUACGUGUAUAGAGAACAUCACACUAAGGAAGACAUAACAUGGAACGACAACAAUACGGUGACGUUCUACAAUCGGCGAGUCUGGCAAUUCCAGCCCGACAUGUCCAAUGGCAGUAUUUCUGACAACAUAACCAGUAUUAAUCCUAUUAUUGCGACUGUUGGUCACAUAAUGCGCAACGAGCCGCUCUUCCUACGUGUGGCAGUCAACGUGUUCAUGGGUAUGAACCACAAGAACCUCUUCCUCACCGCCAACGUGUCCUCCUGGCUGUUUGACGGCAUCUCGGACCCUCUGUUCGACAUCGCCGCGCAGUUCCCUGACCUGCCCUUCGAAAUACCUUUCGAUAAAUUUGGAUGGUUUUAUUCACGUAAUGAAUCAAAGGAGUACGAUGGAGUGUUCGUAAUGAACACGGGCACAGCAGACUUCUCGCAGCUUGGCAACGUGGAAAUGUGGCGGCACUCGAACCGUACAAUGUACCGCGACCAUUGCGGCGAGGUGCGCGGCUCCACUGGUGAGCUGUGGGCACCCGAACUCGGCCAGGAAGAGCUCGUCGUCUUCUCUUCUGAUCUCUGCACAUAUUUAACCUUAUCUAAGUCGGGACCGCUCACUGUCGAUGGUAUAGAAGGAAUGCAAUACUCUACAAACGACUCAACAUUCGACAAUGGUCACAAAUAUCCCAGCAUGGCGUGUUAUUGCGAUGAGGUGCGCGAUGAGAACUGCCUGCCCUCGGGCGCGCUCAAUGUCUCCGCGUGUCGUUUCGGCUCUCCCGCAUUUGUCACAUUGCCUCAUUUCCUUGGAGUUGACUCCUACUACGCGGACAAGAUCGAAGGACUCGCACCAACCGACGAUUACAAGUUCCGUCUAGCGCUGGAGAUGUACACUGGCAUGCCGCUGCAGGUGUUCGCACAGCUGCAGAUCAACCUCCUGGUGCGCUACGUACCCGGCAUCUCGUUAAACAACCAGCUACCUGAUGGUGACACGCUGGUGCCGAUGUUCUGGUUCCGUCAGGAAGUGCGCAUCAACGACGAAUACGCGCGACUCGCUCGCUUCGCUCUCAAUCUGCGCGAUGGCAUGCCUUAUGGCUUCUAUGCGCUUACGGCAAUCGGUAUUAUUUUACUAAUAGUUGGUAUUGUAUAUCUGAUGAGGAAAUUACUGAAGUCACCAGAAACGGCGCCAAUACUUAAUGAAACUAAUAAUACUGAGGAAACUCGUUGACGGUAAUAUUUAUGUCCUAUCGGUUAUUGUAACGUAAAAUCACAUUUGACUUGGCACGUCGGAUACAUCAAAACUCAACAGAACGACGUGCCAACUUAAAUACACUUUGUAACUACCCGAUUUUUUUUUUGACUAAAGCAAUUUUGUCAUUUGACAUAUUUUUCUGUGAGUUUUCAUUUGACAUUUGACACAGUUUCAAUGUCCGUCAUAAAGAAUGUUAGAGAUGACAAGUGUCAUCUUAGUGGAAAUCCACAGUGGAAAUUAUUUAG